AUGACAAACCCCAAGAUCGGCCCCGAGCCGGCACGGGUAGCGGAAUUGCCCGGCCGGUCCAUGUUAAUCCUCUACGGCUCGGAGACCGGCAACAGCCAAGACAUCGCCGAGGAGAUCGGUCGUGACGCCCAACGGCUGCACUUCGAGACCAGGGUCGACGAGAUGAACGGCGCUCAGCUGAGCACACUCCUCCGAUAUACUCUCGUCGUCUUCGUCAUAUCGACGACGGGCCAGGGUGACAUGCCCCGCAACUCCAGCGCCUUCUGGAGGAGUCUGUUGAGAAAGAAGCUGCCUCCAGGGUGUCUCGGUGCCGUCAGGUUCACGACCUUUGGGCUUGGCGACAGCAUGUAUAUAAAGUUCAACUGGGCUGCCAGAAAGCUGCAUAAGCGACUGGAGCAGCUAGGCGCUGGAGAGUUUUACCCCCGUGGUGAAGCCGAUGAGCAAGACGCGGAUGGCGUGGACGAAAGGUACAUGCCAUGGGCGGCAGACCUGCGCAAGAAACUGCUCGAUCUAUACCCCCUGCCUGAGGGGCUUGCCCCUAUCCCAGAUGACGCCCUGCUACCACCUAGGUACACCGUUGGGCUGGCAUCAAAUCCGGACACACGUCAAAGUCAAGGCCAGGAACAGAGUACUGGGAGCAACACGAACUGCCAUGCCUUCGAAGCCGUAGCCCAGGAAGCUCAGUCAGACAACACCGAUACCGAUGCGACGGGCGCAGUCGAGGAUCUGGUCCAGAGAACAACCUCCAUCACAAUGACUGAAGACCCUCCACCAACAAAUGGAGCCGGAACCCCGUCCAAAGAACCGCGCGAAGUCGAGCAACCGCCACCGACCCUCCUCCCCAUCCCCGGCGGCCUAGACGCCUCCCUCGAGCUAAACGAGCGGGUAACACCGGAAACCCACUUCCAGGACGUCCGCCUUGUCCGUCUCGCCCUCAACCCAACCUCCGGUGGACCGCCUACAAUACAGCCCUUUGACAGCCUGACGAUAUACCCCAAAAACUUCCCCCAAGACGUCCAAAAGCUCAUAGACCUCAUGGGCUGGUCCACAAUCGCAGAUUCGCCCCUUUCCUUCGCCCCUACUCCUACUUCGUCUUCCGACCCCUCCUCGGGGCAAACAUCCCUCCCUCGCGGCCUUCACAUCGACACCCGCCGCCCGACGACCCUCCGCGACCUUCUCACGCAUAACCUCGACAUCACCUGCACCCCGCGCCGCAGCUUCCUCAAGGACAUGUCCUACUUUUCCUCGGAUGAGUACCACCGCCAACGUCUCCUCGAGUUCACCAUGCGCGAGUACACGGACGAGUUCUUCGACUACACAACCCGGCCCCGCCGCACCAUCCUCGAGGUCCUUGAGGAGUUCACUUCGGUUCACAUACCGCUCGCCCGCGUCCUCGACAUGUUCCCCGUCAUGCGCGGCCGGGACUUUAGCAUCGCUAGCGUGGGCGACCACCACCACGACACCUCCGGCCCUUUUUCAUCCUCACCAAAACCAGCAGCGGCCUCGAUAACGACCGUGACCCUCCUCGUGGCGCUCGUCAAGUACAAGACGAUCCUCCGCAAGACCCGCCAGGGCCUCUGCUCGCGCUACCUCGAGUCCCUCACCCACCCCGGCACGCCCCUCCGUGUGGCCCUGAACCGCAGCUCUGCCUCUCUCCACGGGCCGGCCCACGCCCGCCGGCCCCUGUGCGCCGUCGCUACAGGCACUGGCGUCGCGCCCCUCCGCCUCUUCGUUGAGGAGCGCCUCUCUUACGCCUCAUUGGGGGGUGUGCGCGUCGGCGACGCGGCCGUCUUCUUCGGGAACCGCAGCCGGGACGCGGAUUUCCAUUUCCGCGACGUGUGGGAGGACCUCAAGGCGCGAUACGGCGCCGCCGCCGCCGAAACCCGGGACCCAGCGGGGCCGGGCGGCAGCUUCGACGUCCACACAGCCUUCUCCCGCGACCCGUCCGCCCCGCGGCAGUACGUCCAGGACGUGAUCCGGCAGCACGCGCCAACGGUCCGCGCCAUGGUCGCUGCGAACGCCAUCUUCGUCGUCUGUGGCGGCAGCCUGAAGAUGGCGCGUGCUGUCAAGGAGGCCGUCAGGGACUCCCUCCGGGGGGACGCCGAAAGGUACCCCGACGACGCCGCAGUGGACGCCGCGUUCGCGGGGCUGACGUGGUGGGAGGAGAUAUGGUGA